AUGACAGACCGCCUGCAGCAGUUCACCGAGAAGCCCCGCGUCUUCAUUCUCUCCGACAUUUCAAACGAACCUGACGAUGCCGAGUCACUAUGCAGAUACCUCCUCUACUCCAAUCAGUUUGAUACUGAGGGUCUGGUGGCAUGUACGAGCACAUGGAUGAAGAACAAGGUCUGCCCGCAGGACAUGCACAAGAUUGUCGACGCAUAUGCCGGAGCUGUCGACAACCUCAACAAGAAUGCACAUCCAGACCACCAAUACCCCUCUGCGGACUUCUUUCGAAGCCUCAUUCACAAGGGCGCCGAGACAUACGGUAUGACCGCCGUGGGCGACGACAUCCCUCUUUCUGAGGGCGGAAAGCUUCUCCUCCAGAGCAUCGAGAAGACCUCCCGAAUCCCUCUCUGGAUCCUCUGCUGGGGCGGAACAAACACCCUCGCCCAGGUCCUCCUCCACAUCGACACCAAGUACGAGCCGGAAGAUGCUCGACGCCUCAUGUCUCGAAUCCGCGUCUAUGCUAUCUCCGACCAAGACGACACCGGCGCAUGGAUCCGCACAAAUUUCCCCGACAUCUUCUACAUCGCUUCGGUACAUGGCUGGAACCAGUACGGACUCGCUGCCUGGACCGGUAUUUCCGGAGACAAAUACUACAAGUUCGAUCAGGGUGGUCCCGACUUCACCAAGAUGGAAAAGCAAUGGGUCAAGGAUAACAUCCAGAUUGGUCCCCUGGGAAGCGCAUACCCGAACUACAUGUUCAUCCCCGAAGGCGAUACCCCAACCUUCCUGUACCUCAUCCAGAACGGCCUGGGUGUGUCAGAAAACCCCAACUACGGCUCGUGGGGUGGACGUUACGAGCGCACAGAUGCCAGCUCGGCGGGUACAAACAGCAACCAUUACAGCGACGCCGUCGAUUCCGUCAAGGGCAAGGACGGCAAAUCAUACACCUCAAACCACGCCACCAUCUGGCGAUGGCGAGACGCUUUCCAGAACGACUUCGCCGCAAGGAUACAAUGGACCAUGGAGCCCGACCUAGCGAAGACGAACCACCACCCCAUCAUCAACAUCAAUGGCGCAAAGGACCUCGCACCCCUUCGCAUCUCCGCCGAAGCUGGCAGCACAAUCACGCUCGACGCUACAUGGACCUACGACCCAGAUGGUGACAACCUCACCUUCAAGUGGUGGCACUACAAGGAGCCCACUGCCACCCAAUGGUGGUGCGACGCCGAGGUUGCCGAUCUCGUCAUCAAGAAGCUCGAUGACGAGGGCCGAAAGGUCGAAGUCACGCUCCCGCCCCCCGACAAAUGCGCCGUCGAGCUGAUGAGCCGAAAGCCUGUCGCGACGGGUCAACUGUUGCACUUGAUCUUGGAGGUUACCGACGAUGGCGGCCCACCAUUGACCAGCUACCGCAGAGUGUUGAUCCAGGCUACCAACCCUAAGUUGCUUGGUGGUGGACAGGGAGGCGAUGCUAUCCAGGAGGUUAUGGAUUUCGCUGCUACCCAGGGCGCUUGA